AUGAGUUUAAUGUUGGAUGAUGAAGUGAUGUUAGGAAACGAUAGUCGAUAUAAAAAUUUUAUUGUAGCGAUUGAAAAAGCUCUUAAACAUUUUGAGUCAUCGGUUGAAUGGGCUGACCUCAUCACUAAUUUAGUUAAAGUUAAAAAAACGAUAGAACAAUAUUCGCAAUUUAAAUCAAUACCAAAACGUAUAACUUUAUCAAAACGUCUUGCUCAAUGUCUUCAUCCAGCAUUACCAGCAGGUGUUCAUUUAAAAACUAUUGAAGUCUAUGAAACAAUUUUUCGAAUAAUAGAUAAAAAUAAUCUACAACGUGAUCUUAUUCUAUAUUCAUAUGGGUUAUUUUCGUUGUUAUCUGUUGCUGCGUUACCUGUUAAACCCACUUUAUUAGCAUUAUAUGAAACAUAUUUUUUACCUCUUGGUGAAGCACUUAAUCCAGUGUUGACAGGAUUUCUAAUUGGACUAUUUUCAGCAUUGGAAGAAGGCGCUGAUUACUACGAUAGAGUCAUUCGAUUGCUUAAUAAUUUAGCAGAACGAAUCGAUGAAUUUUACUUUUAUGAUUGUAUAUGGUCAGCCAUACAUUCGAUUGCAACGGUACGCUUUUCAGCAAUAAUAUUCAUUUUAAAUCAUUUUGAUAAAAGAAAAAAUAUGAAUGAUCAAAUCUAUUUAAUAGGCUUAUCGGCUGAAACAAUGGUAUCUGCUAUUUGUACAUGUCUUUAUGAUAGUCGGCAAGCAUUAGUUCAACGUUCAAUUCUUGAUUUUCUUCUUACUUGUUUGCCAAUGCAUAAAAAACAAUUAACAGAAAAACAUAUGAUCAAAUUAAUUGCCGGGACAUUACGUAUUUUACUGCAACGUGAUAUGCCAUUAAGUCGGCGUAUUUAUACGUGGUUUUUUGGUGCAAAUCAAUUAGACGGAGAUAAUACUAGAAAUGAUGAACACUAUCAAGUUAAUGGUUCAAUUGAUUCGUCACCUUACUUUCUUACGUAUACAAGAGAGCUUCUUGUAGCAUCAUUGAAAAAUUUACUGGAAAUAAUAUCUCUGCAACCAAUAUUAAUGGUUGCUAAAACAGAUGGCACAGUUAGUAAAGUACCUAAAAAUACUAUGGAUUCAUUACCAUCAUUUACGUGGACAUUAACUAAAUUAAUUCGCGUACUUCUUAUUCUUAUCGAUAAAUCAGAUAUCGGCCCGAAUAUUAUUGAAUAUAUUUUCAUUAAUUAUACACUUGUUGUUUAUGAACAAGUAUACCGUCCAAAUAAACAAUUAAAAUCUACUACUAACCAAUACGAUGAUCAUUAUUCUGAUGCAUGGAAGACUUUUAAUGUGCUUAUAGAUACGUUGGAACCAUAUUUUAUAUGGGAAUAUUUAACAAAACAUUUCGAUAUUAGUAUCAAUCCACAACACUUUGACAGUUUUCCUUCAGCUAGACCUUCUCUUAACCAUAUAUGUGGUGUUAUCGAUAUGUUAUUAGAUAUAUUUUCAUUAGAAAAUUCUCUUGGCACUCAAUCUACACAUCUUUUUGAAAUGCUUUGUCAUCUGAUACAAAUAAUGAAUGAUAAUAUUGAGAAAUUCACAUCAAACCAAAUCACAGUGUCUCUAGAGUUAUUAUUAAAACUUUUUAAAAGUACUGUUUCCACUAACGCAUACCCUCAUUUAUCUAUAUUUCGUCGUUCAAGUACUAAUCAAGAUAAAAUGUUUGAUGACGAUUGUGAUACUGAAGAUGAUAAUGAAUAUUCAAUAGAUAUUUAUAAUAAAUUAUUAUGUUCAAAUAACAUAAGUUGCGUAGAGAAUCUAAAUUUAAUGGUUCAACAAGAACAGUUAGAUGUUAUUCAAAAACUACUUAAUCAAAUGGUAUGUAAAAUUGAAAAACAGUUAGACAAGUUAGAUAAUCGAUUGACCAGUAAACACCAAAGUCGACUAUCAACGAACACAAUGUCAGAAUCAAUGAAUUACAUAGAAAAAACAAUAGAAUUAUAUAAACAAUUUUUUCAUCGGUUUAUUAUCACCCAUAUAAUUGAUCAAAAUCAAGGAUUGAUAAAUGAUAAAUUUCAAAGUAUUUAUUCGGUUAUACAACAUAAAACCAAUGGCAACCUUUCAUCAUAUUUUAAUCGAUGUCGACAAUUAAAUGAAUUUCAAUUUCAAUUAAUAUUAAAUGAUAAUGUUGAUCAAUAUGUAACAGCUUUUGAAGAUUGUUGUAGAUUACUAACUGAAUUUUCUUGUUAUCCAACGGAAUCUUCUUUGAAUGAUAAAUCAUUUUUAUCAAAAGGUAAAAUAAAAUUUGAAGACUGGGCAAUGGAUCUAUAUAUUCUAUCUUUGUGUGUAAAUGAUCAUUUAUCUCUUCGAACAAUUGCAGUGUCUGUUUUAAUUGAAUUAUUUGGUUACAGAUUAAGUUUAUCUGCUUCAACAAACAUAUCGACAUCAAUAGAUACUACAGAAAAUAGCCUAUUAACAGUUGCAUCAUUUACGCAAGAACAAAUAUUAGCACUUCUAAAUGAAACUGAUUUUUUUCAAUAUAUAAUUUCAUAUUUUUGGGAAUAUUUAAAUGAUAAAUAUGGUCGAGAAUAUAAUUUAAAAGCUUCACAUUUAUUAUCAAUACUACAUUCAAUGUUACCAACUGACUUGUGUGAAGAUUUAAUCUAUAAUCAAUUAUCAUUAAUAAAGAGUUCACAAACUGAACUCGACGCAAAUGGGAUUGAUGAAUAUAAACAUUUUUUUAAACUAUGGAAUUCAACUCGUGAUAUACCUCAUCUAAAAAAUGAACCUAUUACAAAAUCAUUUCAACGUUGUUUAAUUUUUGUCUUAAGAACUCUUAAAGAAUCAAAGAAUUAUGAGUUAAGAUCCAUCGUACAACAAUGGACGUAUGAUUGUUUUAUUCAUGGAGAUAUGUGUCGAAUAUUCGAUACACUUCUUAUCAUGCUUUUGGAUUCAGAUACAGCACGAGUUAGUAUGCAAAGAUUUGAUUCAAUCAUUCAUAAUAAAGAAUUAUUUCUUAAUCAAAAACUGAAUACAAACGAUCAAAUACUAAUCAAUUCAAAUAAGAAUAAUGAUAACAGCGAAAUUAGUCCAUCUGUUGUCUUUGAUGAUGAAAAUUAUGAGGAUGAAUAUAUGUAUGAUGAUGACGCUUAUGUAGAAGAGACUCACAAAGAUAAACGAAUUCGUACAAUCAGUUCUAUAAGUUCUAGUGAAUCUGUUAAUCAUGCAAAAUCUUCACCUCAGAAUAUAAAAUUUCCAAUAAUAACAAGUUUAUCGCAACCAAUUCUUUCUAAUAUUCUUUCAUUUUCGCCUCCAGCAUUGUUAAAAUCAGUUAAACAACGUGCACCGACCAUGCCAAAUAUAUUCAAUCGAAAUAAUACUCUAUCGGAAUCAAAUAACAAUAUCCCUCAAAUCGAUACAUCAAAUACAAUUAUGAAUCAUUCAUUUCAAUCACAUUCUAUGUCAAAUAGUAAUCUCAUGAGUGAAUAUAAUGCAUCGCAAUUCGAUGAUUCAAAAAACUUUCCAUACGCUUAUAUAUUACUUUACACUCAAACUUAUGAUCAUGAUCGUGUAAUGUUAUCGUUAGAUAUAAUCGACAGUUUGUUUGAUCUUCUUAUGCAACAACUUACUCAGGCUUUAUUAAUAUCGUCAAAUCUUCAAUCAUCACCAAUUAGUAUACAUAAUAAACAAAUGCAUGAACUAUUUUUUAAACACUGUCGUUCCAUUGAAGGAAAAGAAUUUGGUUUAACUAAUCAAAAUAAUCAAGAGUGUCAAUCCUAUUUAUAUUUAUUUUUAAAUAUACUUUUAAUUUAUACAUACAGUUACUAUCCAAAAGGUUAUGAUAUUGAAAAAAAUCGUCUCAUACAUGUACGUUCAUUAAUGUUAUUAACACAUGUUUGCCAUGAUCUAUCUUGUCUUUGUAUGGAUAAUAAAGUGUUAAUAAAUUAUAUAAUGAAUUUAUUCGAAAAGCUUUCAUUUCAAAAGAUAGUUUUAACAUUAUUUAAUAGGUUUAUUGAUAAAGAUUCGAAUCUAUCUAAAACAAAAUUAAUGAAUGAUUUUAAAAAUGAGUCCUUAAAUGGUCAACUAACAAAAGAUUAUUUAAAAAAAUUAAUCCGAUUAUUCGAAGAAAUAAUUUUACUUGAAAAUAUUUUUCAUUCAACAAAUUCAAAUCUAAACGACCAAUUAACUGUUAAUCAAACUGUUUUUCUUUCAACUAUUUUACAGUGUUUAAAACAAAUCGAUUGCAUGGAAAUUCAUCCCUAUAUAAUAUGUUUUGUUGUAAAAAUAUUACCUCAUUGUGGUUCAGCAUUAAAAACAACAAGCAUUCGAGUGAUUGAGCAGCUCUGUCAAAAUUUAAAUUUUGUUGCAGAGUGCUACAGUCAACAGGAAACUACAAUAACGUUCAAACGAUCAUCUUCAUUUGAUCCAAUCGAUUAUAUUAUUUGUUUAAUUGAACGUAUUUCAUACAUAUGCAACUAUUGUCUUGGUAGUACAGUUAAUAGUACACAGCAUUUUACUGAAACAUUGUGUCCUCAACACUGGAUAGAAAAAAUUAAAAAUAAUUCAAAUGAUUCAUCUGAUGUUCGUCAAUCGAUGUUACAUAAACUGCCGUUAGUUCUUUUCAGUAUUUUGCGUAUAUGGAAAACAGUAUUAAUGAGUCGAACGUAUUCAAUAUGGCCAUUGAAUAAUACAAAAGUUAUUCGAGAGAAAAUAAUUCAAUUUAUUUCGUCAUUAACAAAAUCGAAUGGUGUUGCAUUUAUUCGUGCUAUUCUAUUGUGCUGGGGUGAAUGUAAACAACAACAACAACAACAAAAAUUCUUAACAAUUCAAACAAACAAUGUUAAUGAAAUGGAAGCUUUGGUCGAUAUUCUUAUGAAUAUAAAUAAUUAUGCAAUCAAUGAUAUCAUUUAUAAUAUGAAUACACUUAUACGAUACUUAUCGAAAACUAAUCAUAAAAAAAAACAAAAUUAUGUUAUUUGGUGUCUUCAACUUCUUUUAGCUUAUUUCGAAUAUCAAAAUACUGUUGGCUUUGAUUGUUGGCCAGUAUUAACCAUUAUGUUUAAAGAAUGUUUAUCACAAACAAUGUCAUCAUCAGUUACAUUCUUGAUGAUUAGAAUAUUGAAUUAUUAUCUCAAACAAUCUCUAUUUCUUAUCGAUAAAAAAGAUUUAAAUGACUUAGGGGAUACGAUAAUGAAAGUGCUUGACAAUUGUACUACGAUAGUUGGUUUAUCACUUGAACAAACAAAUUGGUUACGUAAAAAUUUGCAAGUACGUAUGACACAAACCGAUCCAGGAACUCAACCAACAACUAUUGAUUCAUCUUAUGAGAUCGAUCGUACUCCAAGUAUUGAAAAAAGUCUUUUAGAUUUUGAUGAGAAUUCACCGUCUAUAACUUCAAGUUUCAUGGCAUUGACAAUUCUAAGUGAAUAUUCAGCAAAAUUAUUGGAUAUUGUUUAUCAUAUAACCGAUGAAAAGGAUCGUAUUAUAGGAACUUAUUUACAAAAUCUUGUAAAUAAUGUUAUGCCAUAUGUUCGUAUACACGUGGCAUCAAGUGCACCAUCGUAUCGUUCAGCAUCAACUCUACUUAUGAAUAUAUCACAAUAUUCAUAUACGAGAAAAACAUGGAGAAAAGAAGUAUUUGAACAAUUAUUUGACAUAGGAUUUUUUCAAGUCGAUUUAUCAGCAUUAACUUCAUGGAAAAUAAUUAUCAAUAAUAUGAUCACAGAUGAGAAAUCAAUAUCAUUUCGGGAUAUUAUGAAUAAAAUAAAUACAGUUCAAACAGGUUUAUUAGUUUCAAAAGAACAAGAAUAUGAACAACGUGCAAUGCUUAUUAAACGUUUUGCUUUCGUUAUCUAUGCGUCGGAUAAAGAUCUUUGCAAUCAAUAUUUACCAGAAAUACUUGAAUUCAUUAUUGAUUUACUUAAACUACCACAAAUACCAAUAUUAUAUACACAGUUGUAUCUCUUUUUCCGCGUCCUACUAUUAAGAAUAUCCAAUAAAAAUUUGAUUUCAUUUUGGCCAAUAUUUAUUGCAGAACUGGUACAAAUUUUAUUACAGAUUGAACAAGAUCUUUCGUUCAAUAUUGAAGGCGAUGUCAAAUCAAACGUUCAACAAAUGACUACAAAUGAUUUAACACUAACAAAUAUUUCAAAUGGAUCGUCUGAUACAAAUCCUUCUCUAAAAAUGUAUUUAUAUGCGUGUAAAUUACUUGAUAUUCUUCUGAUAAUGUCCUAUUCAGGAUUGUAUCAUUUUCAACUAUUUCGUUCUGCGUUUGUUGCUGAUCAUGAUACAGAUAAUUCCGAUUCAAAUCUUGAUAUAUUUAUUGCUUUUUCAAUACGACUAUUUAAAUUAUUUGAACGAAAACUAACAUCAACAACAACACCGCUACAUGAUCAUUUGCCAAUAAUCGACAGCAAUUCAAAUCCUCCUUUACUUCGUUUACGAACCAUAUCAACUAUCAUCGAAUUAUUUCCAUUUUUCAAAUUUUUAGGUCGCAUUCAUCUUAACGAGAAUUUAUAUGUGAGAAAUGAUCAAGUUUUAUCACCAGAUACAAUAAAUGAUAUUGAAACAAGUGUGCUUGAAGAUUUUGUUGAAUCAUGGACAUAA